ACAAAAAACAUCAGUGCCACCCCACAAGAGAGUGCCAUUUCCUCUCUUCCGAAAUCAAAACCGAAAAUACCAAAACAAAGUCCAAGGUUGUUGGAGGUUGGAACAAAGAAAGAAACAUGACUGUGUCGGCUUCGUUUCCUUCCAUUUCCAAGAACCGUACUUUGGUCAUUGGAGGAACUGGCUUCAUGGGUCAGUUCAUAACUAAGGCAAGCCUUGCCUUAGGGUACCCUACGUUUCUGCUCCUCAGGCCUGGCCCUGUCUCACCUUCCAAGGCUGCCAUUGUCAAAACCUUUCAAGACAAAGGUGCUAAGGUCAUCCAUGGCGUCAUAAAUGACAAGGAAUUGAUGGAGAAGAUUUUGAAGGAAUAUGAGAUAGACGUGGUGAUUUCUCUUGUAGGAGGUGAAAGAUUGUUGGAUCAGAUUACAUUGGUGGAGGCCAUAAAAUGUGUGAAGAGUGUGAAGAGGUUUGUGCCGUCAGAGUUUGGGCAUGACGUGGACAGAGCAGAUCCGGUAGAGCCAGGGCUGAGAAUGUAUAAAGAGAAGCGUUUGGUGAGGCGAAUGGUUGAGGAGUAUGGAAUUCCUUACACAAACAUAUGCUGCAAUUCCAUUGCUUCUUGGCCUUAUCAUGACAAUUGCCAUCCAACCCAGCUUCCUCCACCACUCGAUCGCUUUCAAAUCUACGGUGAUGGCAACGUCAAAGCAUACUUCGUUGAUGGCAAUGAUAUUGGAAGGUUCACAAUGUUGGCCAUUGAUGAUAUCAGAACGCUGAACAAAAACGUUCAUUUUCGACCCGCCACUAACUGUUAUUCUGUCAACGAGCUUGCUUCUUUAUGGGAAAAGAAAAUUGAUCGUAAGAUUCCCCGAGUCACCAUCACAGGGGAUGAUCUUCUCGCCAUAGCUGCAGAAAAUUGUAUACCCCAAAGUAUUGUAGCAUCCUUCACCCAUGAUAUUUUCAUCAACGGUUGCCAAGUUAACUUCAGCACAGAUGGACCUAAUGAUACUGAGAUUUGCACUCUAUACCCAGAUGAAAAAUUCAGAACCUUGGAGGAAUGCUACGAGGACUUUGUCCCCAUGAUCCAUGACAAGAAUAAUAUUCAUGCAGGAACAAAUGAUGAAGUUAAAAUUAAUAAUGACAGAAAGACUUUGGUAGAGACAGGAACAACCGAAGAAAUUAAGGACAUGAAGCCUUUGGUAGAGUCGGUGCCAAUAACAGCUAUGGGCUAGAUCAGAAAGAGAAACGACUCAAUAUUUUCUGUUCUCACUGUUCACAAACUAUGGUGGGGGCAGAAAUUCAUUAUAUUCAUCAAUAAUCAAUGAAUUUUACUCAUAAGAUGUUGUGGAGGCUAGGAUCACCCCGUUUUCUUAUGUAUUAAGGUCAAGCUGUUUCAUUUCACCCAAAUAAUUAGUUCGAAAUUAAGAGCUUGUUACAAUAAAUUCUUGUCACUUGGUUUUGGGUUGUACUUUCCAUGUACUCAUGUAGUAUUUUCAGAUAAUAUAAUUACUAGCUACCAUUAUGUAUCAUGGGAUCCUAUGUUCAAAAUGUAUGUACGUACGAUGUUAUUUGAGGUUAAUGAAUUCUGUGUCCUUAUUGAUGGA